AUUCCCUCACUCCUUCUUAAUGAUGGGCAGAGGCUCAUAAACACUCAUACACACAGUUAAGUAAAUUCUUCCAAGGAAAAAUGACGAGGGAAACAUGUUGCUCGAGCUUUUUCAAGAACAGCAAACCCUAUAUGGGUAUGAUCUCGUUGCAGUUUGGCUAUGCAGGAAUGAACAUUAUAACUAAGAUAUCACUGAAUGGAGGGAUGAGCCACUAUGUGUUAGUCGUUUAUCGUCAUGCCUUCGCCACCGCUGUCAUAGCCCCCUUUGCUUUCUUCUUCGAGAGGUCUCGCUAUAUACGAAUGAAAGCACAACCAAGGAUAACGUUCCGAGUUUUCGUGCAAGUCUUCAUUCUUGGUCUUCUUGGGCCGGUGAUUGAUCAAAAUUUCUACUACGCUGGGCUGAAGUUGACAUCGCCUACAUUUUCAUGUGCAAUGAGCAACAUGCUUCCCGCCUUAACAUUUGUCUUGGCUAUUAUAUGCAGGAUGGAGAAAGUUGAGAUGAAGAAGGUGAUAUACCAAGCCAAAGUCGUGGGGACAAUCAUAACCGUGGCGGGGGCUAUGUUGAUGACCUUAUACAAAGGGCCACUUGUGGAGAUGGCUUGGUCCAAGCACCGGCAGUCCCAGACGGCCGCGACUAGCAGCGCAGCCACAGAAACAAGCGAGCGGGAUUGGGUGAUUGGCUGCAUUCUCCUCAUAAUCGCCACCCUUGCAUGGGCCGCUUUGUUCAUUCUGCAGAAAGCGGCCCUGAAAACAUAUUCCAACCAUCAGCUCUCCCUCACAACGUUGGUGUGCUUCACGGGAACUCUGCAAGCUAUUGUUGUCACCUUUGUCAUGGAACGCAGGACCUCCGUCUGGCGUAUUGGCUGGGAUAUGAACCUUCUUGCUGCUGCAUAUGCUGGAAUUGUGACCUCAAGCAUUUCAUACUAUGUCCAAGGACUCGUGAUGAAGAGCAAAGGGCCAGUUUUUGCUACUGCUUUUAGCCCAUUGAUGAUGAUCAUUGUAGCGAUCAUGGGCUCCUUUAUCCUUGCAGAAAGAAUCUAUCUUGGAGGGAUGAUCGGUGCCGUAAUAAUAAUUGUUGGUCUUUACUCAUUUCUAUGGGGCAAUUACAAGGAAGAACGGGAGGCGAAGAUGAAGCGGCAACUUGAAGAAACUCCACAGAUCGGCGUAAAUGACAGUGCACAAGUGAAUGGCAACACACAAUUAAUGAUAGAAAGUAGGAAUGAAGUGAAUGGCAAUAUUGAGAUGCCAAAGGCAGGAGCUGAUAAGUUACGCUCAGUUGCCAUUGACUUACCCACAUGUCAUCCUCCCAUGCACUAAACCUACUGAACAAGUUUGAUCCAAGAGCAUCUCAAUCUUAUUUUGAAGUAUUUGUCCACUUCCUGUUUUGCUUU